UGUUAUGUGAGCAGAUUUUUAAUUAUUUAACUUGACUAAACCGUUCAAGAGGAAAGCCGUUAACUUGAGUGCGCCUCGGGAAACGGAUUGAGUGGCUACACCUGCGCUCGCUCUGAGAUAAGUUCACUUUGGAGAGGCGCACGCAGAGAGCGGACGUGAGAGCGUCUCCCGUGGAGAGCUUCCACCGUCUCGCCGCCGAUGCCGGUGUGUUCGGAAGGUGAAAAGACAACCGAUCCAUAGGUUUAGUUGUAGGAAUUAAACAACUUUAAAUCCAGUCGUUAUUUGUAUUUUUCACAAACGAUCGAUGCGGAAACAAGCAACGAACGCUCCGGACUGAUAGAACAGCUGUAAGCUAUCGGGGACCGAGGCUCUGGGAGGGAAAGAGAACGUGGAUCUUUCACCGCGUGGUCUGGUAAGCCCGUCGCCCGAACAUGAAGUCAAAAAGUCGGGAUCAGAGUUUGUCUGAUUCCCGUGCUGAUUCCAGAGAGCUGGACGGUUCCUACGACCCGCUGACAGGGAACCCUUCGUCCAAUCAGAAAAAAAAGAGCAUAAAGCAGAGAUUCCUCAAGCUGCUGCCCUGCUGCCUCUCAGGCUCCGCCCCCUCGCUCAGACAAAGCAACAUGGUGGAGGAUGGGCAGCUGUCUGCGCUGAGCUCCAGGCCGGAGGGGCUGGACCAGAUGCUGCAGCGCUGCAGCUUCAGCAGGGCGGAGCUGCAGGUCCUCUACAGGGGCUUCAAGAACGAAUGUCCCAGUGGUAUGGUGGAUGAGGAGACCUUUAAGACCAUCUACUCACAGUUCUUCCCCCAAGGAAACUCCAGCACUUAUGCUCACUUCCUGUUUGAGGCCUUCGACACUAACAAGCACAGAGCUGUCAGCUUUGAGGACUUUGUGACAGGCCUGUCCAUCAUCUUGAGAGGCUCCGUCACAGACAAGCUGAACUGGGCGUUCAACCUGUACGACCUGAACAAGGACGGCUGCAUAACUAAAGAGGAGAUGACAGACAUCAUGCGCUCCAUCUAUGACAUGAUGGGGACCUGUACGUACCCCUGCAUGCAGGAUGACGCACCCAGGGAGCACGUGGAGAACUUCUUCCAGAUGGACAUGAACCACGAUGGAGUGGUCACCAUCGAGGAGUUCCUGGAGUCUUGUCUAAAGGACGAGAGCAUCAUGCAGUCGAUGCACAUGUUUGACAACGUCAUCUAACCGCCCGUGAUGUCACGCGGGCCUCAGCGAAUCAGAUGGAACACCCGUCCCCGUCCUCUUUUUUGACUGCCCCCAGAGACUCGCCUAACAUCCCACCAAGGGGAGGUCAGGGGUCACGGUUCAGGGGUUGACCCCCUGAGCACCAACCCUGGGGGUCGUGAGGACGAUGGUCAGGAGGAGAAGGAGGAGGAGGACCGCAUAGGAAUACAAUCUCUGUAUAUUUUUGCUGGGAAAAAGGCCAAACGUUUCUGUUAAAUCCUGAGCACUAAGUCAGUAUAUCGACUCUCACUGGAGUCACUGUGUGCUGCACCGUAUGUGUUCCUCUCUUUUGUUCUCAUGCUAGCGCG